GGCUGAGCGGCAGCGGGCGGUGGGGAGGAGACUCUGCGCUCGCUGGCGUGCCGUCCCUCCGCCACGGGUUCUACCAAGACCAGAACUAAUCCAGUCCUGCAGAUUUGAUCCAAAGGGUGUUAAUGUUCGUGGAAAAGCUCCCACUGACUUCAGUACAUGCUGGCUCUGCUCUUCAGACCUGACUGCUGCAAACAAACUGGAGCUUACAUUUGCCAUGGUUGUAUGGUUGGACCCUGGAAAUGGGAUGUCAGUCCCAUUCAGGGAGCAUAAAGGAAGAAAGAAACUCUCCCAGUUGCUGCCACUGUGACAGCGAGUGAGAGCAAGAGCAGGAAGAUGUCGACAGUCACAUCAGCAAUCCAGGCUCCUCAGGGCCCUGUGAACCCACCGCCCCCGGAGGUGUCCAAUCCCAAUAAGCCUGGCAGGAAGACCAACCAACUGCAAUAUAUGCAAAAUGUGGUGGUAAAGACCUUGUGGAAGCAUCAGUUUGCUUGGCCUUUCUACCAACCUGUGGAUGCAAUUAAACUGAACUUGCCGGAUUAUCACAAAAUAAUAAAAAACCCCAUGGACAUGGGGACGAUCAAGAAGCGCCUGGAACACAACUAUUACUGGAGUGCCAGUGAAUGUAUGCAGGACUUCAACACCAUGUUUACAAACUGUUACAUUUAUAACAAGCCCACAGAUGACAUAGUCCUCAUGGCACAAGCCCUGGAGAAGAUAUUUCUGCAGAAGGUUGCCCAGAUGCCUCAGGAGGAAGUGGAAUUAUUACCCCCAGUUGCUAAAGGCAAAGGUCGCAAGCCGUCAGCCGGCACGCAGAGUGCAGGAGCGCAGCAAGCCGUGGCCGUGUCUUCCGUCUCCCCGCCGGCCCCGUUCCAGAACGUCCCUCCAGCCGUGUCUCAGACGCCCGUCAUUGCUGCCACCCCUGUGCCAACCAUCACCGCUAAUGUCCCGCCUGUCACUGCCCCUCCCGCCGCUGCUCCCCCUCCGCCUGCCGCUCCGAUAAUGCCCGUGGUGCCUCCUACGCCACCGGUGGUCAAGAAAAAGGGAGUGAAGAGGAAAGCGGACACGACGACCCCCACCACGUCGGCCAUCACCGCCAGCCGCAGCGAGUCGCCCACGCCGCUCUCGGACCCCAAGCAGGCCAAAAUCAUCGCGCGGCGCGAGAGCGGCGGCCGGCCCAUCAAACCACCAAAGAAGGACCUGGAAGAUGGAGAGGUCCCCCAGCACGCAGGGAAGAAAGGCAAACUCUCUGAGCAUCUCAAGUACUGUGACAGCAUUCUCAAGGAGAUGCUCUCGAAGAAGCAUGCAGCCUAUGCAUGGCCCUUUUACAAGCCUGUUGAUGCAGAGGCCUUGGAAUUACAUGACUAUCACGAUAUUAUCAAACACCCCAUGGAUCUCAGUACUGUUAAAAAAAAAAUGGACAGUCGGGAGUACCAGGAUGCACAAGGUUUUGCUGCAGACAUUCGGUUAAUGUUCUCUAAUUGUUACAAGUACAAUCCUCCAGACCACGAAGUGGUAGCGAUGGCCAGGAAGCUCCAGGAUGUCUUUGAGAUGAGGUUUGCAAAGAUGCCUGAUGAGCCUGCAGAGGCCCCUCCUCCACCUCCCCCGACAGCACCAGUGGUGAGCAAAAGCACAGAGAGCAGUCACAGCAGCGAGGAGAGCUCCUCUGACUCGGAUAGCUCCGACUCGGAAGAGGAGCGAGCAACCCGGCUGGCAGAGCUCCAGGAGCAGCUGAAGGCCGUUCAUGAGCAGCUGGCUGCAUUGUCACAAGCACCAGUGAACAAACCAAAGAAAAAAAAAGAGAAGAAGGAAAAAGAGAAGAAGAAGAAAGAUAAAGAGAAGGAGAAAGAAAAGCACAAAGUAAAAGCCGAGGAGGAAAAGAAACCCAAGGUGGCCCAACCACCAAAACAAGCCCAACAGAAGAAAGCCCCAGCUAAGAAAGCAAACAGCACAACCACAGCUAACAGGCAGCCCAAGAAAGGAGGCAAACAGGCAUCUGCAACCUACGAUUCAGAUGAGGAAGAGGAAGGUCUGCCCAUGACCUAUGAUGAGAAACGACAGCUCAGCUUGGACAUCAACCGCCUGCCUGGGGAGAAGCUGGGCAGGGUAGUGCACAUCAUCCAGUCCCGGGAACCUUCCCUCAGAGACUCCAAUCCCGACGAGAUAGAGAUAGAUUUUGAAACAUUGAAGCCCACAACGUUACGAGAACUGGAGAGAUAUGUGAAGUCUUGUUUACAGAAAAAACAAAGGAAACCCUUUUCUGCAAGUGGAAAAAAGCAAGCAGCAAAGUCAAAAGAAGAGUUAGCUCAGGAAAAGAAGAAAGAACUAGAAAAACGGUUACAGGACGUCAGUGGGCAGCUAAACAACAACAAGAAGCCUGCAAAGAAAGAGAAAUCCAGCUCAGCUCCCUCCGGAGGCCCUUCCCGGCUCAGCAGCAGCAGCUCCUCCGAGUCAGGCAGCAGCAGCUCCAGCGGCUCCAGCUCAGACAGCAGCGAUUCAGAAUGACUUACGGACACUUCCCCUCCCAACACACAACGGACAUCACCCUCACCGAUGCUCUGCAGUGUUCCUUUCUCUCCUUAAUAUACUGCUCUUGUUCCACAGUGGUCAGGUUUUUGUUUUCCUCUCUUUCUCUGACUUUUUUAUUUUGUUUUUUAACUCAGUGUUAUAAAAGGUAUCUUCCAGUUUUUGGGGGAGUGCUCUUUUAAUAGGUCAAAGCUCUUUGCGUGUGUGUGUGUGUGUGUGUGUGACUAGACUUUAUGACAAAUAGUUUCCUUCACAUAAAGUCUCUAAAAUAACAUUUUUACUGAAAAAGAUUGGUUGCAAAUGAAAGAACUUUAUACUCUUAGCAGGAGGUAAAUAGCAAGUUCUGCAAGGUUUGUAGUACGUUUCCCUCCCCACCAGCUCCUUCCCUCUCCCCAGAUUGUUCUCUUUUAACAAGACUGCCUGGCUCACACAGGGUCAAACAAGAUCUUGGGGUUUUCUGAAGAAAUCUGUGAAAUGGUACUGUAUCUGAGAGAUGUUAGCUUUUGAACUAGUUGGUGUAUUUGUUACUAGCACUAGUAUUCUUAAUCUCCAAGUCUGCAGUGUGAUGAAAAUGGCAGAUGCCAUCAACUUUUCAUAUAAAAACGACCCCACCAAAAAAGAAGUUCUCAUGUGCUGUGGCUUGCUGACGGGCUCUUGUUUCUUUCCAUCUUGGUAGAGACAUUGGCACCUGUUUGGGAAGGUAUUUAAGCAUGAAUUUCACUUUGAAGACACAAGCUCGAAGUGGUUGCACCCCAUGGGUUUCGACUGAGAUUUGUUGUUUUUUCCUGGGGAUACAUUGGGAAUAAGGGAGUGAGGGACACUCAGCUUUCUUGGGAAUGGCGUUUUUAACAUCAAAUAGAUCAUUUCCAGGAAAUGGACACUCUCUAUGAAAGGUUUCAUUUAAUUGAAAACAGGUUUUGGCUGAAAGCUCUCAUCUGGAGCUCAGAGUGAUCCCUGCAGAGUGACCAAGGCAAGUCAUGUGCUCCUUACUAGACACACACUGAAGUAUUUUCUCCAUGACAAGCACAUCAGUCUGGGCUUAAAAUAACAGAGCACUUGAGCUCCAGCUCAAGGCUGGAGGCUGAGCUGGCAGGGGAAUUGCAGAAGGAUGCUCUGUGGGUUUGGGUGGGGAUUUUUCCCCCCUCUCUCUCAUUAUUUCAGUAGUGAGCUCCUAGAAGGUGAAUGCUGCUUCAGUGUCAUGCAAUGUGCAGGUUUCCAGGCACUGAAAUCCUUAACCAAAAGAAAAAAGAGGGGAGGGAGAAAAAAACAGCAAAGAGACAAUUUUUAAUGCCAUUUUUUUUAUUCCAGCCUAAUGUUUGACCUGCACUGCUGCAGUCUGCUGUUCUCACCCUCCCUCAGUUCAUGUACAUAAAAGUACUUUAUUUAUUAAACACCACUGGUCAUUUAAAACCCAAUUAACAAUCACACAAGCAAAGCUGCAUUGUGCAGCCCAGCAGAAAUGCAGACUUGGAACGUGGUUUGAAGCAGAUUGUAAGGAAAAAAACCCCACAAACCAUCAACAAAGCAAAUAAAAAUCUGGGACUUUAUUCAGGUUCAUUGGACUCGAUUCCUCCAGGUGCUGCAGUCCCCUCUGCCACGUGUCUGGUGCUCUGGCAUUUUCCCUGUGUUGGGUUUUUGAUGGGUUUUCUCUCUCCUUUCACUUUCCACCCCAGCUCCUUUUUUUUCCCCCCUGUUUUGUACAGAUGUUGGAGCCGCACAGGUAGAUAAAAUUUCUUGAUGUUAUUGUUUUCUCAGAGAUCCUUUUGCUGUAGAACAGUGGGGUUGGGUUGUUCUUUCUAAUCCAAGUUUAGGGUAACCCGAGUUCUAUCAUUAUAUCCAAUUUGUAAGCUGAGGGGCAGGGAUUGAUUGUCAAUUUUGAACUUCUUAUUGUAAAGAAAACACACAUAGAAAUAUAAAGUUCUGCCUUCUCCCAGCACCAGCCCCUAAGGCUGCCUCUCUCUGCCUUGGGACAGCCCCAAAGUUGGCUCAGCUGCAGGCUGGCAGGGGUUUACCAGAGGCAACCUUUGCCCAUAGGUGAGUGGCCCUGGCAGACUCCUCAGCCCCAGCACACAGGUUUCAUUGCAUGCUCAGCCUCCAAGAGCUGGCACACGAGGUGUAAUGUGGGGAUGUGUGAUGUCUGGGGCUGUCCCUUGGCUGGAAGGCUGGGGAGCUGCUGGCCCAGCCCAUUAUUAGCACUCGGUGUUUUGCUUCUUACUGCAGCCACAUUCAUCUGCCAGUCACUCCCUGCCCAUCAAACGAGGUUUUAUCAGCCAAGCACACAUCCAUCCUCAAAAAUCUGUCAAAGCUCAACAUCUGUGAGUGUUCCAACACACAUCUCAUACAGCUGGUGUGCCUCUGGCUGUUUCACCCCUACAGUAGCACAAACACACUCUCCACAGCUUGCUGUAGAAAAGCAUUCCCAUUUCCUUGCUAAGAGCUGAUGGAUGGGAUUUGAACCUUUCCUACUGACAGGGUUUGUAGAGCUGAUGUUUCAGGACUAUGUCCCUGGGGCUGGUGCGUGUGCAGGAGGGACACAGCCCCCCCCAGCCCCUCCCCAGCCCCCUGCACCUCUGUAUAUACGGAGUAGUUCCCCGGUGAGGUCUCUUUCCAUGUCUCUGUGUGGUAGAAGCAGGCUGCAGUUACCUAAUCUAGUUCCUUCUCUGUUUUGGGGACUCUUAGACCAGGUUUUCUUUUGGGUUUGUCUUGUUUUUCUCCUCGUUUUGAAAGGAAUGAUGUUCUUUAAAGUCGGGGUUGGAGCUGGGGGAGGGGCUCGGGGCGUGACAAAGCAAAACCACCACCUCUUAGCACCGGCUUUGCAAAGGAGGUGUUCUCAGCACAGGAGCAGUGCCCACCGUGCUGGCUGUGGGCAGAGGCCUGCUGAAGAGAAAUACAGGGCAGAGGAUCCAUCCACUGCCAGCAUUACCUUGCUUGUAAAAACAAUGAGCAGCGUUUUGUGUGUGUUUUUUUAAAAAGAAAUGCUCUUUGCAUAACUUUUUAAAUGUAAUUUUUAAAAACAAAGAAACCACCAGCUAGGAUUUGACACGGGCCACUUGGACCUUCCCCCUGAUCCUGGCUUAACCAAUCCACUGAGGUUUGUUGUUGUAUUUUUUUUGCUUUGGGUUUGGGGGUUUUGGGUUCUUUUGGGUUUUUUUUUUUACUAUUUAAAACAAGAAGAGCAAUCCUGUUCCUCCCUGUCUGAUGUGCAUGCAGAUUUACAGUAACUCCUUUUCUUAACACUUUUUAGUGCCAUUUCUAGUAUAUCCCUGUAAAUGUCAAGUUACUGAAAAGAAAUGAGUCAGUGUAAGUAGUUUAGCUUGUUUAUGGCAAAUUGCUGGCCUCAAACACAACAGAAGUUGAAAAGGACAAAAAAAGACUUAGAAAGUAAAUCUUUGAUGUUGCUGGUAAUCAUGGACCCCGGUCCUGGGACAUUUGUUUUGUUUUCAUAAUAAAAAGAGAAAUUGUUUUGUGUGUUGCAGUCUGAUGCCAUGUUUUCCCCUCUCCCUUCCCCUGUCUCCUUUUGCAGGUGGUGUAUUUGCUCCCAUUGAAAUCCCACAGGGCUUUGAUGGAGUUGAGGGGCAUGGCCCAGAGUUUGAGGGUCCCCAGUGCCACGAGCGUGGAAAUCAUGUGGGAUCCUGCUGGCACUGAUGAAGAGCUUUCAGUGCCU